UGUCUGUGUGUUUGUCUGAAGUCUCUGCUCCUAACACAGUCACCUUGUAUGCUGCUUGUUCUUGCAUUUAUCAGUCCCACUUACCAUUCUGAUAGCCACCUGCCACAAGAUGACCUGGUCCUGGAGGUUACUUUGUGCAGCAGCUCUAACCUUGGUCGCCAUGUCGGCGGCAUCCCCUGUGGGCGAGAUAGUGGACGUGGAUCCUGAUGACCCUGAGGUCCAGGCUUGUGCCUCAUUCGGCCUUGAAUCACUCAGUUUCCGUGACCAUGCCCACCACUACAGCAUCCACAAGGUGGUUUCUGUCACCAAGGAGAACAUUGGUGCUGGUCAGUAUGACAUCGAUGUGGAGGUGAAGAAGACCCCAUGUGGCUCUGAGGGAGUGGACUCCUGCGCCCCUGGCUCAGCAGAUGGACAGAUUCUAUACUGUAAGUUUGUGGUUAUAACUGCUCCAUGGAAGAGGCAACGUAUUCUGAUCAGGAGCUCAUGCAGCGAGUCUCAGUUUUAAACUGCAGAGCUUCUCCAGAGACACCAUGACUACGCCCCUUUACAUGACAUGUGUUAAUGGGUUAUAAAUGACAAUAAAGAAUAAAAA